AUGCCGCCGCCGCCGCCGCCGGUACUAUCGCUGCCCGACGAGCUCAUCGAGGAGGUCUUCUUCCGCCUCCCGCCGGACGAGCCCGAGCACCUCGCGCGCGCCUCCCUCGCCUGCAAGCUCUGGCUCGGCCUCCUCACCGGACCUACCUUCCGUCGUCGCUACCGCGACUUCCAUGGAGCUCCCCCCAUGAUGGGCUUCCUUUAUUCCUGGCGGCUAUUCUCCCGCCAACGGUCGGAGGACCCCCUCGUCCCACAGUUCUUACCCACCACGAAAUUUGGCGCGCGCAUUCCGGAUGACGGCUGGGGGGACUCCAAGUGCGCUGUGUUGGACUGCCGCCAUGGUCGCGUUCUCCUUGGGGACUAUGAUGAACACAUGCCGCUCCUUGUUUGGGACCCCAUGACAGGCUGCCGGACUAAGCUGGAAUCACCCCAAAGAUACAAUAUGCCCUCGACCACUGAGCUCGGUGGAGCCGCCGUGCUCUGUGCCGUGACAGGAUGUGACCACCGCGCGUGCCAUCAGGGCCCCUUCCGGGUUGUCUUCUUCGGCAUGAGCACGCAUGAUGGUGAUCAUUGUACUAUACACGUGUCGGUGUCCUCCCCGGAGACGGGUGAGUGGAGCGAGCCGUGCCCUGGUCUUGAUCUUGGCAUUGAUUCAUUCAUGGUGCCAGUGCCCCCGGUCGUCAUCCAAGACGCACUUUACUUUAUCCAUAAUAUUCCUAAUCUCAGAGUAGGAAUUCUCAAAUACGACAUGGGCUCUAAUUGCUUAUCGCAGAUUGAUGCGCCACGGGCAUGGGCUGUCAGUGACGACGCCACUAUCCUCAUGGCUAUGAAGGACGAUAGUUUGGGUUUUGCACAAGUGAAUAGGUUAACCCUCUACCUAUGGUCAAGGAAGAUGGGUUUUGAUGGACUUGCUUCAUGGACAAAGCAUAGAGUCAUCAAUCUCAAGAACCUUCUCCCCAUCCAAAAUCCUGAUAAAAGACUUAGACUGGUUGGAUCUGUGGAGGGCAGGGAUAUUGUUUUCGUGACCACAGAACUUGGUAUCUAUGAGAUUGAUCUUAAGUCGCUACAGUGGAAGAAGCUAUGGAAGAGAGAAAAAUUCCUUAGAUUGAUUCCGUACAUGAGUUUCCACAAUCCACACGUUCUGGACUUCUGGCUGUGUAACAUCUAUGGCACAUAUCGUCUCGCUGUGGCCACUGCUAUGCAGUUCAGAAUACAGGAAAAUGAUAUAUAG